ACAAGCAGGAGGAAAGCGGAUCGAUUGGCAUUCCUGCAGGCAAUUGUUCACUUUUCCUUUUCGAUUCGGUCGCAUAGCCUUGGUUGAACAGAGACGGAGGCUCGGCCACUGUCGUAGCUGAGGGGACAUUCUCACGUGGACUACAGCGUGGCUGUCCAUUGGUAUCAGUUCAGUUCGCAGUGGUUCCAGCUCGGGUGGCAAAAUAGGCGAAAAUCGCCACCGAAUCGCCACCGAUUCGCCAACAAGCACGUCCAGGACUUCUGAUCCGCGUAUCUGUCCCGUGCGAAAGACACUAAUAAAUGCGCACGUGACCCCCAUUCGUUCCAGUGGCAGUGAUAACGGAAUCAGUGACUAUUAUUAUGGAAAUGUCCCAUGUUUACUGGGAAGAGAAUUCCAAUAUACAGCGCGUAAAGCACGAAAGGUGCUUAACCAGCGAAGAACCAGUGAGAAUGAAAGAGGAUCAUGCCGUCUACCAAUGCUGUGAUUCAAAUUUAAACUUUUCCACUGCAACUUGCAGUGAAGAUGAUUGUGAAUACGGCCCAUACAAGAAAAGUAGUAAAGUGGCACGGCAAGAUCCCAUGUCGCAUCGCAUAAUCGAGAAAAGGAGAAGAGACCGCAUGAACAACUGCCUGGCCGAUCUAUCGCGCCUGAUCCCGAUGGAGUAUUUGAAAAAGGGGCGCGGCCGCAUCGAGAAAACCGAAAUUAUCGAAAUGGCCAUCAAACACAUGAAACAUCUUCAAUCGCAAGACAGAAGUGGCAGUUCCAUCGAGCACUACAGAUUAGGUUAUCAAGAGGCCAUGUCGGAAGCCAUGCGAUUUAUGGUGGAAGUUGAGGGUCAUUUUCCAGGCGACCCGAUGUGCAUGCGUCUUUUGCACCAUCUUCAGAAGCACUGCGACCAGAUUUCCAAGGCUCCAGCUACGUUCCCGACUUCGCCGAUUCCAGAACAGGUUUUGCCGUUUCCUGUUCAAGUGCCAUCGCUGCUCAAAAAUGGCGUGAAUGCGAACAGUCAAGCCAAAGUUUCCGACUAUGCGGUGCCGAAAGCGGAGCCGGAAAACAGCAACAGCAACGAUGCUCAUCCGAGCGCGUUUCGCACUCAGAAAGCUGACGAGUUUGAGAAGGAUCUCGGCCAUGGCGGCGUCUCAUACAAGUAUAAAACGAACAUUAAGCUGCGAUUUACGCAGGAUUUGGGAGCUCACGAUGUCCCCAAGCGUCAGAAGCUGGACGACACUCGCAGGAAUUCUUUUACCAGUUUUGAAAACCAAAGUUCGAAUCAGAGUUCACCGCCUAGCAGUGAGCCAUGCACACGAAUAUCCGAGACCGAAAUCAGCAACAGACAAACGCCCCCAGAUCUAUCCAGCAACAACGACAGUCAGCACAAAAUCGACCUGCCCAGAAACGAUGCCGUUCAACGGUUUUCGCCCAGUGUGAUAACAACGACGCCCAACGAUACCAAUUUCAACGUGCCUAUUUUCGUGCUGCACACCAAAGGCUCCUACUACAUCCCCUUGACUAUAGACUACAAGACUUUGAUGCCAUAUUUACAGAAUUACAGCAUUCUAGAUCCUAUAACACAAGUGCAGAACCUGAUCCUACAUCCGGUUACCAUAAACGUGAAUUUUUUACCGAAUUUCAAUGGGGACUUGAAGAACAAUAAUAAUAAAUGUAAGUACGAAUUUAACAAUAACUGGCACUAGAGCAGUUUCGUCUGACUCAAACGAAUCGAUUAAUUGAUCAAUCAAGGAACCGAUCAAUGCCGUUUACCUAGAGGAUUUGCUCAUAACAAUUUGAGACACUGUACCUGGUGGAAACAAGAUUGCUUGAAGGCUGUGAUGGUCAGGGGACUUCUACAAGACUGACAUUUAUGUAGAUGUUACGAAAUAAUUAAAAAACAUAUUUUUCAAAUGUCCAUAGUGCAGUGCUUUAAACGGCAAGAAGAACGGCUUUUAAGCAGGACUUAGAGGGGUUCAGCUUUUUACUAUCCGUUGAAUGUUGUCUUGAUCAAUCUUUUAUAUUGUUUGCAAAAAUGGCCUAAAAACAGGGCCUGGAUUGGCGACGAAACUGAUGUGAAGACGCAAUUUUGGAAACAGGCUGUGAUUAUCUAAAGGUUUGAUGUAAUAGAUAUGACUUAACGAAUUUUUAUUUCCAUUCUUUGGAAACGGUAGCGAUAGUAUCGAUUACCAUAUAUUUGUAUUUUUAUAGCUUUUACUGUAACUUUAUAUUGUAAUAGGAAAACUUACGUUUUCUGCAAUUUUUCGAAAAUGUUGCAGAAUCAAAAAAAUUGAGUUAUUUUUUAGAAGCCAUCCCCCAAACGUUCGAAGUUAAAAAUGUGCUUAUCCUGCAAAAUUUCGUCAAAAAAUGCGGUCUUUUUCACGAUUAAACCGCUAUUUUCCUGAUAAUUUAACAACCCGUUUCGGAAUGCUAUACAGUGUUUAAAAAGCUAACUGAUGAUAGGGCGUUUUUAACUUCGACCCCCAGGCAGAUGACUCCGAUUACCAAAAAUUGGCUCCAUAACCUUGUUAGCAUAUUUUCUGGUUAAGCCGGUUUGCUGUACAUUUUUAAACAACGGUUAUUUGUUUCCUAUUAGCGAAAUUUAUGUUCAAAUAUAAUAUGUAAAUUGGUAAACUUUUAUAUUGAUGUUACUUAAGUGCUUAUGGAAAUUAGUGUUAUUAAAUGUUGAAUAUAAAAUGAAAUUAAA